GCGGCGCAGGGCUGUGUCCCAUGGCGCUGGCGGCGGCCCGGGCGCGGCUGCCGCUGCGUGCCCUCGGCUGCCCGCUCCCGCACGGGCUGGUCCCCGUCGCCGCCCGGCGCUGCUGUGGUGAGGCGGGGGGCCCCGCGGCGCUGCCGCCCGGAGGGUACGGGGUCUGGCAGGAGCGAGCGGCCCGCGACCCCGCCGGUUUCUGGGCGGAGGUGGCGCGGGGGGCCCUGCGCUGGGACAGCCCCUUCCACACGGCCUGCCAGGCCUGCCCGGCCGGCGGAGCAGCCCGCUGGUUCCUCGGCGGCCGCCUCAACGUCUCGGUAAAUUGCUUGGAUCAACAUGUCGAAAAGUCCCCAGACAGAGUGGCUUUGAUUUGGGAGAGAGAUGAGCCUGGCACUGCAGUGCAUGUCACAUACAGGGAACUUCUGGAUCUGACUUGCCGUCUUGCCAACACCCUGAAGAAAUAUGGGAUACAGAAAGGGGAUAAGGUGGCCAUCUACAUGUCUGUGUCUCCCUUGUCUGUGGCAGCCAUGCUGGCUUGUGCCAGGAUUGGUGCCGUUCACACUGUGGUCUUCGCUGGAUUCAGCGCGGAGUCCUUAGCUGGGAGGAUCAUAGACUCUGGAUGCAAAGCAGUUAUCACCUACAACCAGGCAGUCAGGGGAGGCCGAAUCAUAGAGCUGAAGAGAACUGUGGAUGAAGCAGUGAAGAACUGUCCAAGUAUCAAACAUGUUUUUGUGGCUCAGAGGACAGAUAACAAAGUCUGGAUGGGUGACCGUGAUAUUCCCCUUGAGGAGGAGAUGGCCAAGGCAGCUUCUGUAUGCGCUCCAGAGAGCAUGGACAGUGAAGACAUGCUUUUCAUGCUGUAUACCUCUGGCAGCACUGGGAAACCCAAAGGAAUUGUUCACACCCAGGCUGGAUACCUGCUGUACUCUGCUGUGACGCACAAGUAUGUAUUUGACUACCAGCAAGGCGAUGUUUUUGGCUGUGUGGCUGACAUUGGCUGGAUCACGGGACAUAGCUAUGUUGUGUAUGGACCACUCUGCAAUGGAGCCACCUCUGUCCUGUUUGAAAGCACUCCAGUGUACCCUGACCCAGGUCGUUACUGGGAAAUGGUACAAAGGUUGAAGAUUAAUCAGUUUUAUGGAGCACCUACAGCCAUACGCUUGCUGCUGAAUUAUGGUGAAGAGUGGGUGAAGAAAUAUGACAGGUCUUCCUUGAAGACCUUAGGAUCAGUGGGAGAACCCAUCAACAAUGAAGCGUGGCAGUGGUUCUACCAUGUGGUGGGAGAAGGUCGCUGCACCCUUGUGGACACGUGGUGGCAGACAGAAACUGGUGGCAUCUGCAUUGCCCCACGGCCUUCAGAAGAGAAAGCUGAGAUCGUUCCGGCUAUGGCUAUGAGACCUUUCUUUGGGAUUGUGCCUGUGCUGAUGGAUGAUAAUGGAAAGGUAAUAGAGGGAGUUGAUGUGUCUGGUGCACUCUGCAUUGCCCAGCCAUGGCCUGGCAUGGCAAGAACUAUCUUUGGAGAUCACCAGCGAUUUGUUGAUGCCUAUUUCAAAGCUUACCCAGGUUACUAUUUCACAGGGGAUGGUGCUUACAGGACCAAGAAAGGCUAUUACCAGAUAACAGGGCGCAUGGAUGAUGUCAUUAACAUCAGUGGACACAGGCUUGGGACAGCAGAGAUAGAAGAUGCAAUGGCUGAUCACCCUGAGGUCCCUGAGACAGCUGUGAUUGGGUAUCCACACAAGAUCAAAGGAGAAGGUGCCUUUGCUUUUAUAGUGCUAAAGGAGCAGACAGCUCAUACAGACCAUGUCAAAGAAGAGCUCAAAACCAUGGUGGCUUCCAAGAUAGCAAAAUACGCUGUGCCAGACCACAUUGUGGUGGUGAAACGUCUUCCUAAAACCCGAUCAGGGAAGAUAAUGAGAAGGCUGCUGAGGAAAGUAGUCACUGAACAAUCAAACAACAUGGGAGAUGUCACCACACUUGAUGAUCCAAGUGUUGUCAAGGAGAUAUUGGAUGCUUACCAGAAAUACAAGGAGAAAACUUCCUUAUAACAGGCAGCUCUUAAAUCUCUCUCCUCUGGAAAUGUGGAAGGUCUCAAAUAACCAAGCAAAUGACAGUUCUUUCUUGGUGUAUUUUUAAAAUCUCUGUUCCAUUCUAGGGUAACAAGAUUUUCCUCUCCACAAUGUAUUUUGAGAUGCACAGAGGUAGGAGCAAUCUGCAAUUUUGCACAGUCAGUGCCCUUUUUGUUGCUUUUAGGACUGUUGUAGAGCAGCUGUUGGUGGUUUGCAUUAGCUAUGAUGAAAUUCAAUACUAGCUGAAGCAAGACACAGAUGUUAAUGUUCCUCAUUUACUGUAAGGGGAAAUGUUUUUUAUACAAUACUUUAGCUGUUUUAAAAGAAGCCCUAGAAUACUCUUCAAAUUUUCCUUCAGCUUGGAUGUCUGAGUUCAAGUAGCUGUAUUUCACUGCAACUGUGGUGCCUUUUCAGCAAUGCUGGGUAUUCUAGUAGAUGUUUCACAUGUAUCAUCAGGGAAAUGAGAAGGACAUGGCUAGUCUGAUAAUUUGUUCUUGAGCUUACCCAGCUGUUCUAAUACCUCCUUUGGCUUUCCUUACAAGUUGUUCUAUCACUGUUUGUCCUGGGACUUGCCAAAGAUGGUGACCCUGUGUCCCUUCAUGUCUGACUUAGGCAACCCAGCACUCCCAGCUGCAAAACUGAGCCACAAGGCCUACUGCUGGACUUCCUAUACAUUGUCAAUGCAUUGCCAGUUGCAUAGGAAGGGUCUAGUACCACAUGUUUUCAUUCUGCCUUGAGAAACCGAGAUCAUCAUCGACAGGGCUUUUAAAGCAACUGUCCUCCUCCUCAUCAUCAUCGAUGAUGACAACUGGAUCAGUGUUGUCCAUUGUGGUUCACUUCUGCAUAUUGGAAGUGGUGGUCUACAACUGGUAGAUCUUUGUUGCCAGUUGCUGAUUUGUGUAAGUGCCUUAGUUUCCUGAAGUUAUUGUGAAGAGGGACAAUGUUUACUUGCUGUUUGUCAGAGAAGCAUUGGGAAACAAAAUCCUGAAGUGUUCAAGAGAGGUCUGAAGCUUAGAGAGAUGUGCUGGAGGGGUCAGUGUGUCUUGCCAGGCUGUGUAAUUUCUGAUGACGAAAUGGUUAUGUUAGCCCACUUCUAAAUGGCCUGUAAUCUUGUUUGUUCCAACAAAGACAGACACCCAGUUUGGAGGUAGGUUGGUUCUCCUGUCAGAAAAUAUGACUUAAUUCUUAUUGCUUCAAGUUGGGCCCUACGUCUGCCCCUUACGCACACUGCUGGGCUGAUCUUCCAAAGUGCCAGCUGGGUACCCACAAACUACACAAUCUGCAAAGAAGGAAGUGCCUGUUAGAUUUCUUCUGGAAAGCAAUGGUAGCAUUCCAGACCAGCAACCUCAGCAUAGCAGGGAACAAUAGCCUUUGUUUUCCAUAUGCUUUCAAAAUUGCAACUAAUAUAUUCAGUGUUUUAUUUCUGGACUCAUUUUAUCAUGAAUAUAUUUUGAUCAAAGCACUCCUCAAAUUUGGGCUGUUCAUAACAAUUUGCUAGUAGGUCUUCUGUCCUCUACUGUGCCCCUGAAGGUCAUGGAAAAGCCUGUAGGUGCUAAACGCCUUUGGGACUUCUGCCACUACUAAAUUUGGUUUAAGAUGACUGAGGGGUUUAGAGUCACUGGAGGAGUCAGAGAGCAUGCCAGGAAGGCACGAUAGAGGAUUCCCUAUCCCUGGGUGCAAACACUCCAGGUAUGCACCAGUGUAGCUUGGACGGUGCUGAUGUUGGGAGUGUCUGCCUCAAGGGCUCAGGCAGAGCUUCUCCAUCCUAACCUGCCUAAGCCAAGUGACUGCUAACCACCAUUCCAAUGCUGUGGCAGUCCAUCAAACCUUGCAGUUCUGCCUCUGUCUUUCUCAGAUUACAGUCUGUUUAGUUUCACAGAGGUGUGUGUUCUGGCCUGGAAAACCCCAGAGUAAUUGGCAGAAUUGCCAAGUUUUGCCCUAGUUGGGUUGACUUUUUGCUGAAUUUAACUGGAGCAGCACUGCCUUUUUGAAUGGGGCUGUGUAAAGACAAUCUGUGCACCUAAGUGGAGGCAGGAGAGAAAUGGCUAGGUGAUCCUGUAGGACUGGGAGAGGAGUAGAAAGCUUUUGGUCAGCAGAAAUAUUGGUACCAAAUGGGAAAGCAGGCUGCUCACAGUACGAUGUGUUCUCAGACAGGUGUGUUGUCUUAGAUCCCAGAGUUCCUCUAAGUACAGCAGCUGCAUUUACUGGUGGUUUUUUAUGGGUUUGUUUGUUUGUUUUGGUGGAGGGGUUUUUGUGUGGUGGCUUGGUUGGGUUUUUUGUUUUUGUUUUGGUGGUUGUUGUUUUUUUUUCUUUAAAUUUAUUUUAAAUGUCUCUAGGGGCUGGGUAACAGAGUAGGGAAUAUAAUGGUUGGUUAAAAUUCCCAUCCUGAUUGCAGUCUGGUUUUGCUUAAUGUAAGUACACAUGCUGUGGACUUCGUGGAAAGUUGAAGAUCAGAAAGUUUGCUAGAGUUGACAGGAUGUUAAUCUUUUAGGAGACAGGCACUACGUAUACCCUCUAUUACCAUUGCAAAAUAAAAAACAAACAAGCAAAAACCACAAAACACUUCUGUGAUUUUCAAUGUGGGAAGCAGCCAGGAGUUAAUGCUUUUGACAGAAAAAGUAGACUCCCUUGUUUAAAAAUAGGUUGUCUCCACACAGUCUGAAGUAGUGUGGAGUAAAAGGUCUUUUGAACAAGAUUAACAGUUUCCUUUUGGUAAAGAAAGCAUAUCCCAUAUUAUGGUUAUAGAAUUUCCUUGUCCUCUUGACCUGAAAUUUCCAUUCUAACGUGUGAAUUAGUGGUCACAGACACAUGAUCUAAUUCAUCUGAGCUGUCUCAUGAGGACUAGCUAUGUGAGGAGCAAAGUGCAUUGAGACAUUUGUCAUACAGUUCCUCUGCUCAGGAAAAAAGGGAGAUAGGCAUGCUCUUUCACCUGCAUUUGUUGUCUCAACUUGCAUGGGCUUAGGGAGCAUAUCUGCUAGGGAGGUUACAGACUGAGCAGGUAGCUGCAAUGCCACAAUAAAUUCACAGCCAUGCCAGCUAUGGUAUGGACAGACUGCAGUUACAAACACAACCCAUACUGUGCACUUCUGAAGCCUUACAAGCACCUUUGCUAAAGUCACAUCACCAGCAUGUGCAAGAGCAAAGUGCCAUGUGCCUGCCAUCCAGUACCACGAUGGCUGCUCUGUUUCUUCCUUGCACUUUUCCACAGCUGAGCUAUGGUUCUUGGGAUGCCCAUCUGCUUGGAGGACUCCUUGGGGUAUUGAAAGUGGCAUUGUUCUGCUGCUCCCAUGGUGUUCUGCAGUGGACACAGCUCCUGCUGGGCAGCCUCAGCCCCACCUAUCCUGGUAAAACUUCACUUCUGCAAGUGUACCAGCAUGAGGUCUUGGAGUGAACACCUUGAGCUCAGUUCAUCUAAUGGCAUCCUGAGAUUGGUAGAAACUGAAGUAGACAAGGCUUGGAGCUGGUACUUCUUCAAAAAGAAUACUGGGCUUCUGGUUUGAACAGUUCCAGGAAGGAGGCAUCCACAGCUUCUCUGGGCAGCCUGUUCCAGUGUCUCACCAUACUCGUACUGAAGUGUUUCCUCCUAAUGUCUAACCUAAGUCUCCCCUCUCGCAGUUUAAAACCACUACCCCUUGUCCUCUCACUACAAGCCCUUGUAAAAAGCCCCUCCUCAGCUUUCCUGUAGCCCUGUCAGGUACUGGAAGGCCACUAUGAGGUCUUCUCUAGGCUGAAUAACCUCAACUCUCUCAGCCUGUCUUCAUAGAAGAGGUAUUCCAGCCCUCUGAUCAUCUUCUGGGCCCUCCUCUGGACUUGCUCCAACAGGUCCAUGUCUUUCUUGUGUUGGGGUAUCCAGGACUGGACACAGUUCUUCAGGAGGGGUCUCAUGAGAACAGAGUAGAGGGCAAGAAUCAUCUGCUGGCCAUGCUUCUUUUGAUGCAUCCCAAGACGCGGUUGACAUGCUGGGCUGCAAGCGCACAUUGUCAGCUCAUGUUGAGCUUCUCAUCAACCAACACCCCAAAGCUCUCCUCCUCAGGGCUGUUCUCAAUCCAUUCUCCCCCCAGCCUAUAAUUGUGCUUGGGAUUGCCCCAACCCAGCUGCAGGACCUUGCACUUGGUCUUAUUGAACUUAAUGAGAUUGGCAUGGGCCCACCUCUCCAUCUUGUUAAGGUCCCUCUGGAUG